CGGAUUUACUUCCGUUUGCGGCCAUUCAAAGCAAGCAGACGGGGGAAAAAACAUGGAAACUUUAAAGUUUUCCGUCUAUAAUAGGCCUACAUCAGACUUAAAAGCUUCCUCCAGCCUGUUAUAGCUUCUAAGAUGGCCACCAAGUAUUUCUCCAGCACUGAAACUACAAAUUUUGCAAGGCUGUCCCGACUGGUUGUAGAUGUCUGCAGUGAUGUGCUCAGAGAUGUGCUGAGGGUAAACAUACCACCGCCUGGACUUACUGCAAUUCUACAAAGUCAAAGGGUUCACCUCAGCAGAAAGCUUGAGCCUCGCCAACAACAGUUUCUGUUCCCUCCAGGUGGAGUGUUUACCGGUACCCUGGAGGAUUUAGAUUUUAGCUUCCUGUAUAAACUAAUUCGUAACCUCCAGGGUAUCAACAUUCCACCUCAUACAAAGGGUUGGGGCAGGACACCAGACAAUACAGACCGGUCACUGGCAGCUAAUAUUGACCGAUUGAGAAUCCAACGCAAUGAGACACAUGGACACCUGUCGAGAGCAUCACUGUCUGAUACAGACUUCCAUUGUAUAUGGGGCAUCAUCCAUCAGUGUAUCUCCGAGAUAGAACAAGGCUCUCUGACAGGAGACACAUAUGUGACAGCAGUUGACAACCUCCUGGCUGUUACCAUGGACCCUGAUACAGAGAAUGAGGACAUAGAGAAACUGAGCAAACAACAACAUGAUUUUGGGGCCAUCAUGGAGGACAUUAAAACUGAACAAGAAACUAUGGCAACAGGCAUCAAUGUUGUCACCACCAGACAGGAAACCAUGGAUGUGAGGCAGGAAGCCAUGGCGACAGACAUCAAUGAUGUCACCACCAGACUGGAAACCAUUGAUGCAAGGCAGGAAACCAUGGUGACAGACAUCACUGAUGUCACCACCAGACUGGAAACCAUGGAUGUAAGGCAGGAAACCAUGGCGACAGACAUCACUGAUGUCACCUUGGCCACCAGACUGGAAACCAUGGAUGUGAGGCAGAAAUCCAUGGUGACAGACAUCAAUAAUGUCACCACCAGACAGGAAACCAUGGAUGUGAGGCAGAAAUCCAUGGUGACAGACAUCAAUGAUGUCACCACCAGACAGGAAACCAUGGAUGUGAGGCAGGAAACCAUGGUGACAGACAUCAAUAAUGUCACCACCAGACAGGAAACCAUGGAUGUGAGGCAGAAAUCCAUGGUGACAGACAUCAAUGAUGUCACCACCAGACAGGAAACCAUGGAUGUGAGGCAGGAAACCAUGGUGACAGACAUCAAUGAUGUCACCACCAGACAGGAAACCAUGGAUGUGAGGCAGAAAUCCAUGUUGACAGACACCAAUGAUGUCACCACCAGACAGGAAACCAUGGAUGUGAGGCAGAAAUCCAUGGUGACAGAUAUCGGUGAUUCCACCACCAGACAGGAAACCAUGGAUGUGAGGCAGAAAUCCAUGGUGACAGACAUCAAUGAUGUCACCACCAGACAGGAAACCAUGGAUGUGAGGCAGAAAUCCAUGGUGACAGAUAUCGGUGAUUCCACCACCAGACAAGAAACAAUGUUAGCUAGACAGGAAACCAUGGAUGUGAGGCAGGAAACCAUGGCAAAUAAUUUACAAACCAUAAAAGUGGUUAAUACCUGUGAGAUUAACCAGGUGUUGAAGAAUUCCACUAGUGUUCAUGUGACCAUUAAACCAAAAAAUAUGAUUUUUGGUGAAGGAGGCAGAAUUAUCGAAGAUGGAGCUAAACAGGAAACUAUGACAGCCUUGAAGGACACCACGGAAGCCGUCCAGGAAAUGAUGGAAGCUGUGCAGGAAAGCAUGGAAGUCACGCAAUUCAUGGCAGGUAGACAGGAAACCUACAGCACAAUGCAGGAUAGAAUGGCAACAGACAUCAGUAAUGUUAGUGCCAGGCAAGAAUCCAUGGCAGAUAGACAGGAUACCAUGGCAACAGACAUCAGUAAUGUUACCACCAGACUGGAAUCCAUGGCAACAGACAUCAGUAAUGUUACCACCAGGCAGGAAUCCAUGGCAGAUAGACAGGAGACCAUGGCAACAAGCAUCAGUAAUGUUAGCGCCAGGCAAGAAUGUAGACAAGAAAUCCAUUCUGACCUCAAGCCAAUGAUAGACAAAACAAAAGCCAGGAUCACGCAAGAAAAGAAGAAGAAGAAAUUCCUUGCAAACAAAGCUUUCCAUGAUGCUCAAGACAAGCUCCAAAAGAACAGAGUUUUAGUCAUCAAGGGAAACACAGGAGAUGGCAAAACUUCUACCGCCAUUCAACUCCUUCACUGGCUGAUAGAGCAGCAGCCAUGCAGACAACCCCUUCAGCUUCAUAAAAUUAAGAAAUUAGAUUUAUUAGCUCCAAACAGUCAUUUGAUUACUUUUAUUGAUGAUAUUUUUGGUGAGAAAGAUGUUGGUAGAAAGGAUGUACAAGAGUGGAACCAAAGAAUCACAGAUUUACAAACACUUUUUGUUGACAAGCAAAUCCAGGCCAAUUUUCUGAUCAUUACAAUUCGUAAUGAAAUACUUAAUAAUUUGGCGAAAUCUUCCUUGGGAUCAGUUUUCAUUGAACAUAACAUCAUUGAUCUUAGCUCAGAUGAGUACAAAAUUGCAAAAGAAAAACGAGAACGUUUAGAGAUGUAUAAGCCAAGAAAUUUUUCAUGGACAGAGGAAGAAAUGAAAAGAAUUCUAUAUUAUGCACCGGAUAUUGGAUUCCCACAAUGUUGUCAGCUUUUCUGCAAGUCUGUAGAAUUACAGGAAAGACGAGCUGAUUUUUUUAAGAAACCUUUCCAAUUUUUCAUGGAAGCAUUGUCAAAGUUACCAGAAUGUUCUGCCAUUUUGUUUCUCUUCCUCAAUGAGGGGAAGAUAAAGGUAAAAGAUCUAGACCCAAAUGGUAAUAAAGUAAACAAAACAUUGUUAAAGGAAGCAUUUGAUAUUAAUUUGGUUGAUGGUGAAGUUGACAGAGCCUCAAUGACAUUUAAGAAAAAGGUAGGAUUUGUGAAGGAUAGCUUGGACAAAUUAUCAGGAUUUUUGGUAAGAAAGGAUCGCAAGACUUAUCGGUCUAAUGAUGAAGUGUACAGAUUUGACCAUGAUUCUAUAUAUGUCACAGUAGGUCUUUUGUAUGGAAACAAAACACCUGUUGGCUACAUAAAGAAUUGUCCCAGCAGAUUCCUUGAUUAUUUAACAAUCUCAAAACCAUCCCCAAACAUGGUUUUCAUAUCAUCUGAUCAUUAUACACCUAUGUGUGUACGUCUACUCAAAGAGUGUAAGUGUGAGGAUGUCUUUAUAGUAAAAAUAUUGGCUUUCUGGAUGCAUGCAAAGAUCAACUGUUUGUUAGAUCACCUGAGCCAAAGGCAAGGCUCAGGUGAGCUUUUGCUAUGGGGUAUCAUCCGGCAUCUGUCGUGCGUCGUGCGUCGUCCGUUAACUUUUUUCAACCGAGAGUGUUGAAAUUUGCAUUGAAUGAUUAGUUAGAAGGUCCUGACUAGAUAUUUGUAUUAAGUGAAAAUAAAAUUGAAGAUGGCUGCCAUGGUCUUUCCCAGACCUAGUCAGAGCUGUAAACAAGAUUGGGUUGACAGCAUUGCAUGCAAGUUUUUUAAGGGGCACAAGGAGAUUUGUGUAUAUUUGUGCGAGUCCUACCCAGAACUAGUCACAGCUGUAGAUAAGAAGGGGUGGACAGCAUUACAUUGGAGUUGUAUUGAGGGGCACAAGGAGAUUUGUGUAUAUUUGUGCGAGUCUUUCCCAGCCCUAAUCACAGCUGUAGAUAUGAAUAGGCAGACAGUGUUACAUGUGAGUUUUAAAUAUGGACACAUGGAAAUUUUCAUUUAUUUGUUGUGUAAGUCCUUCCCCGCACUAACCGCAGCUACUGUAGAUUAGGAUAGGAUGAUAGCUUUGCAUGUGAGUUGUAUAUAAUGGGGCACAGGAAGAUUUGUGUAUAUUGGUGCGAGUCCUAUCCAGUGCUAACUACAAGAUUGUGGAAGUACAUGUUAUUAGUUACCUACAUCAGAUGUAUAGACAUGUUGACACAGUAUGUAUGAAACUCGCAUGAAACAAUAGAUAGAAUUAAUGAUAGUAUGACAUCAAAACCACAGGGAAAUCUAUUUUAGAGAUGGCAAAGGAACAGACAGAGGAAGAGAAAAGCUGAAAAUUAGUGGUGAUAAAAACAGCCCUUUGUAUUAUUAUCUUGUUAUCAUAACUAUUGUUAUUACGUCUAAAGACACAUCUAAACCGAAUCAAAUUUGGUUGAGUGUCGAGAUAUCACUCGUCAAACUACAUAUUUGGUCAGUCACAUUGAUUUGGAACUCUUCAGUCUAUGAUGUCAGAGGUUUAACAGAGUUAACUGUAUGUAAUGGUGGCCAGCAGUAUACACUGUAGGACAGUAGGUGGCAGU